CAGGGUCAUUGGCUGGUAUGUUUCACGUUCCAGUGGAAAGUGCUUUAUGACUGCAACCAAAACCUUACAAAUAUCUCUGAAAAGAAACCGAAAUUCAGAACAUUUACACUUCCUUGUUGGUCAAAAGGCGUCUAUCGACAUCAAACUUGUAUGUCUGAGGCUGUUACRUCUUUGAAGAAGCCGAUCUUGAUGUAAUUUAGCCGAUAAUUAUGACACAUUUUGGUAGCUUGCGAAACACUAAAGCUAAACUGUGAAAGUUCACGAACGACAUUCAAUAAUCACGAAACAUAUUGGUCGAUAUUUGCAACAAAAUACUGCUUCAGCUAGAGUGGAUAUCUGGUAGUGAAGGAAUUGAGCAUCAAAAGCAGCAAAACUGUCCGCCUUCUACCGCAAUCAAACAACAGCGGGCAUAAGUAAACUACCCGACGUAUGUAGGCGGCAAAACGACAACCCUGAUUUGAUUAUGUAAAGGUCUUUUGAAUUAUUGUUGGUAGCUUUAUUUGAUUAUUCAACAGAGAUAACACAUAGCACAAUAACUGUUCUGGGUUCGAAACGAAAAGUUCUCUUCAAUUUUACCGAGCGGAAUUAAAUCUAUGAAGCGAGACGAAGAAUAAGCCAUGAUGAUAUGAUAAUAUGGCUAGUCCUUUUCACAAAUUAAUGGGAAGAGACGGUGAAUCUGGUCGAGGWACUAUGACCCUUCCUAGAGGACGAAAGCUAUUGAAGAUUUUACGUCGAGCAUCAUUCAAUAACAAGAAAAAGAACUCUACAACUGAUAGUCCUUCAACUAAUGACGAAACACUACGACGGACUCCACGCAAAAGUCAACAAGCUGUAAAUCUCGAAGAACUCGAAAGGCUGCAUAAAGAGCUUCGUAGUGCGGUGAAAUAUUUUUGUCUUAUUAUUGAAAAGAUGACUAUUGAUAUUAUUAUGGCUAAGAUUCCUGACAAUGCUGCAAUUGUUUUGGAUUCUGUUAUUAGUAUCGAUGAUGUUUUGAGUUCUUCUUGUGUACGAUUGAAAAAAGUCAAUAGUGACUUAUUACCAUACCGCAAGGCUGUUCAUAAAGCUGUUGGCGACCUAAUUCGCUGGACUGAUCAAUUACUUGUAAGAGGAAAUGUCAAAGGCGACUUAAAAGAAGGACUACAAUAUAUCAGUACCAUAGAAACUACUGUUCAAGAACUGAUUGAAACUGCAAUUCCAAGAUURAGAAAACUUGAUGUUCAAGAAGAAAUCCGAAAUUCGAUCUUUCUUUUUGAAGGAAGCACUGAAAGCAUUCUUGUUGGCGGUGAUAAUGCUGAYGAGCCAUCCGUCUGGAAUAGAAGAGACUCUGGRAUCAGUGAAGGAAGUGGAACUUGUGACAUGAGGGAAUCACCACCCCCUAAGUCAMCCUUUCCRUCUACAUCCAGAGACUCAGGGAGAGGAUCUUAUAACUGUAUAUUGGAUCCCCCUAUUACAUGUAAUCACAAUGACAAUAUGAAUCACUCUGGUCAAUUUCUCUCUCCGCCAAGAAGAAAUAGACACUUAACUUUGUCUAGUAAUGCAUCAAGAGACUCAGAACUUAGUAGUGAAGGUUUCAGAUCACCRUUAGGGUCUCCAAGCAGUUCCCAGGAUUUUGGAAGGUCAGCUUUCCAUUCAGCUUGUAGCUCUUUGAAUGGUUCAUUUCAUUCCAUGGAUGAUGUUGAUGGACCAGGGGAGCAUGAUGUCAUCCCAGCAACAUUUGUUGGUGUGGUUGAAAACCAUGAUGCACCACCACCACCUUUUCCAAGGACAAAAAAGUCAUUUCAGGUUUAUAUUGAGCUACUAGGCAGCUACAACAAGCCAUCUGAGGAUGUCCUACGUCGUCCAACAUCUGCUUUUGAUGGAUAUGAGGAAACAUUUAGAAGGAGCAUAUCACACAGCAGCAGUUCUUCUGCCCUACAUUCCCUUAGUGUACAACGCAGCUAUUUUCAAAAUGGAAAAGUGGAAUAUCAUGCUGUUUCUUCUCCACAUCUUGCAUCACCAUCUCCCACUAGAGAGACUGUUAUUGACUGGAAUCAAAAUAACAGAUCAAAUGAAUCACCAAAGAAAAAGCUACUGUCACUAGUCGAAGAAAGCAGUAGCCGCAAGACCAGCAAUACAAGUGCAAGCUCAAGUAGCAGUGUCAGUAGUUUGGAGGAAGAUGAAUCUACUCCUGCACUGGACUGUCUUGACGUGUCCAGGUUCCUGGUUUAUCGAGACGAUGGCCAGGGCAACAUGCUUAUUGGAGGAGCUAUUGAUGCACUGAUUGUCCAUGCAGCAGGUGCCAGCAAGACUGACAUGAUUUUCUAUGAAGCAUUUUUGACAACUUACAGAACAUUCAUUUCACCCAAAGAUUUGAUCAACAAGUUGUUGUACAGAGAAAGAAGAUUCAGGGAAAGAGGACACAAGAAAGCCAGUCAGAACUCAUUUUUCUUGCUAUUAAGAGUCAUUGAUGAACUGACAGGCAAAGUAGAAAGAAGCAUUCUUGAACAACUCAUGAAAGAAGUGUACCGUCUUGUCAGCAAUGGAGACCUGUACAUAGGAAAAAUCCUCAGAAACAAGAUGCUUCAAAAGUGUGACAACUACUACAACAGAGAUCGAAGUACAUCAUCAACAGCUGCACUUCCUAACAGUCCCAGGACACAAUCCACCAUCUUUGACUUCCAUGCUUGUGAAAUUGCACAACAGCUAACAUUAAUUGAUGCAACUAACUUUGCUGCCAUUGAGAUUCCAGAGAUUCUAGCAUGGGGAAAGGAGCAAAGUGAGUCCAACAGCCCAAACCUUGUGGUUUUUACWGAUCACUUCAACAAAGUGUCGUACUGGUCCAGRUCAUACAUUUUGUCGUUUGAAAAACCRCAGGACAGAGAGAAGGUUUACCUAAAGUUCCUCAAAAUMAUGAAGCAUUUGCGGCGCUUUAACAACUUUAACUCAUUUCUGGCAAUUCUCUCAGCAAUGGAUUGUUCUGCUGUGCGCCGACUGGAUUGGCCAAGACACUACUUAGAUCAGCUAGCAGAGUACACUGAUUUGAUUGACAGCUCAUCAUCAUUCCGUGCUUACCGUAAUGCACUUGCUGAAGCAACUCCCCCAUGCAUCCCCUACUUGGGGCUGAUUUUGCAGGAUGUGACAUUUGUGUGUUUAGGCAAUGUUGAUGAACUCCCUGAUGGCAAAGUGAAUUUUGUCAAGCGAUGGCAACUCUUCAACAUUUUGGAUACCUUUAGGAGGUUUAAGCUAAUGCAGUAUGACUUUGAAGUCAAUGAUAACAUAAGACAGUUUUUUGGUGGCUUCAACCAAUUCUUGAAUGAAGAUGAUCUCUUUGAAAAGUCACUUAAAUUAAAGCCAAGAUCAGGUUAAAUGAUCUGUGAGUACACAUUGUAUAUUAUAUUAUGAUAAGAUAUUGUCAAGUUAGAUAUUAUUAUUUGUAUUAUACAACUCUUAUGAGUUUUUUGUGUUGUGAAUAAUAUAAUAUAUUAUAUGACAACUAUAUACAUGUACAUGUAUAGCAUCAUACACCUCCCAAGGACCUAGCAAUUAUGCAAUUAUAAGCACUUCUGUUAAUUUUAAAUGCUCUGUAAUGAAGGCUGGUUUCUGUAGAAUAUUUAGAAUGCUUUUGUACAGUYUACAUGGAAUAAACUAUUUGCCAAAAUGGCYUAGAACAUCUUUUUCUUUUCAAUCCAAGACAAAAUGAGCCAUGAAAACUCAGAAGCUCAACUUGAUGUAGGUUCAACUGAAAAUCAAUAGAGGUUUAAAAUUUAUUAAAUUAUASGAAAUAUGGCUUAUACUCUCAGAUAUAUACAUUUCUCUUUAAAUUGUUCCAUUUUGAAAAAAAAUCAAAAUAAACUCAUACCUCUAGGUUUUUAUUGGAAUUUACGGACUUACAGUAUAUAGACUCAUUGUGUGAAAUAUAGUGUUGAUCAUAGUGCAAAUCAGUUUUAGUUUUCACUAAAUAACCAAUAGCAGGGCUGUCAACUCUUCCAGAUAAUCUGUGAGUCUCAAGAUUUUAGGACUUAUCUCCCAGUCUCAAGAAUUCAACAUAGAAUCUCCCAGUAUUCCAAGAAAAUGGCAAAAMCCCCAUACUUUUGAAGUAUAUUCACCAAUAAACGAGACCUCAUUUAUGAUUAAAGUGAAAUACUGAGACCAUAUAAUUUUUUUUUACUUUUUUUGCCAGUUUCAGCAUUUUGAAAAAUCUAAGCAAAAUGGUGGAUUUAUUGACCUCAAGAUAUGAAACUGCCUGGGGUUGACAGCCCUGCAAAUAGGAUUACUUAAUUACUUGUAGCAUGAACUACAUUGCAUUUAGAAAACAGACUUCAGAAUACAAAAUUAAUCUUACAGCAUGUGSUCCCUUAGAAAGGAAACGUGUGAUUAUUACAUAUAUAAGACAAGAGCAAAAUUUAAGUUAAUAUUGCAACAUCUGGAUCUACUAUUUUACUUUUAUCAUACUAGAUACGACAGGAUGGCAACAAAAUAUCCCAAUAGACCUCUGAAGCUUUUACCUCACCUCUCUGAUGCAAUGCAUUGUGGGAUAAUUUCUGGAGAAAACAAAAGAAAUAUGCCAUGUUUUGUCCGAAACAUAUCCUACAAUGCAUUGCGUAUAUGGUAUAUGUUGUAAGAUCUUCACAGGUCUAUUGUUUGUCUUAAAUUUUCAUAAUCAAAAGAUAUAGUUAUGGAUAGGGUACAUUCCUGUAGAUAAACAAAUAGAACAAAUKUAUGCUACUAAAUAGUGUUAAUUGGAAUGUAGCUCCUACUUUGUACUCAUUAAGUUAAAUGGAUUAAGUAUGUUUACUUCUCGAAAUAACUUAUUCAUUUAGUUUUGGGCUUCCUGUGCUAAUGUCAAAAAGGGCACAGAAAGUCCACAACAAMCUCAUUUCACCACUGUCAACAAACAAAUAUGCAUGAUCAUUAAGAUAAUAUUAAAGYAUUAUUUGAGGGUUAUUAUUUUAGGGMUUGAUAGACUCACCUGUUUUUGAAAAAGUUGACUCAAAUGGAAAAUAGAAAAGGGAAAAUAAAGGACGUUUUGAUGACAUUUGUGCUCAAGUUUCUACCUUUUUGACUCUUCAUUAUUUCUUUAUUGAUACAGUUCAGCCAAUCUGUCUAUAUUGUUAAGUAUUGAUCUGAAAACAUAAUUACCAAUUCUCUUUUUGUAAUUGUUAUUUUGGUCGACGUUUUUUUAGCAAACAGGUGUAUGUCAAUAUUGUCACGAUGUGAGUGUUUUCGCUCUUAAUAAGUUACAAGAAAUGUACAGAAAUAAACACAGUUACUCAAUAAAGAAUUGCUGUGUUUUCUAUUAAA